AUGAAUAUCCAGAAAGCCGAGCGACGUUCGAGAAAAGAAACUGGAGUCAUUGCCUACAUUGUGAACUUGAGUGAGUUGUGCAGUUUUCAAAAGUUUUUAUAUGCUUACCUCAUCGAGAAAGGAUAUGAAAACACCGCUGAGCUUUUCCGAAAUGAUAUUCAACUUACUGAACCAUUGCUUGACCCUGAUGAACCACCUGGAAUCUUGUUAAACUUCUGGAAUGCAAUAUAUGAGGACUAUAACUCUCGCCGGAAUCAGGUUAUAAUGCAGCAGCCCAGCAAUAGCUCCACUCGGAAUCAGGUUAUAGUGCAGCAGCCAGGCAACACUUCCAUGCAGAGUCAGGUUGUAGUGCAACCCCUAAACAUUGGUCCUAUAAUCAACACUGCGACUGCACAAAGAAUUCCUAUUCAACUACAUUCAAGUUUUGAAAGCGUUGCUGCGAAACUUUUGUCCUGCGAUAUUUCAUCAGACGGAAAGAUUGUAGCAAGUGGAGGGCAUGGCGCAAAUGGGAAGAAGCCUUUCAUUUGCUACACGGAAACUGGUAUUUCUGUUACUACUCAAGACACACAUAAAAAAUCAAUCACAGAAGUUAGAUUUCAACCAAAUUUCAAUCUGCUUGCAACCGCUUCAGUUGAUGCAUCUAUAAAACUAUGGGAUGCAACAACUCGUGAGACAGUGCUGCGCUAUAUGGAACAUAAAGCACUUAGACAUAGAGGGACUGUAAGAUCGUUGGACUUCCACCCAUUAGACAAUAAAACUCUUUGCUCAUCGGACAAUAUUGCAAUUAAAGUAUGGGAUCUCAAUAAGUACACCAAUGCUAACGGAUUUAAGGAAGGUGGAAGCGUAGUGAGAGUUCAGCCUGUAUAUGGGAGCCUUUUGGCAGUUGCUAAUGGAAAUGGUAUCACCAUACUUGAUUAUCAUAAUUUGCUUGUUGCCAAGAAAUUGGAGGGACACGUUAAAGCCAUUACCUCCAUGUGUUGGGAUGACACCGGGAAAAUGAUUGCCUCUGUGAGUGAAGAUGAAGCACGUGUUUGGUCGGUGAACGAAGGACAAUGCAUACAUAACUGUGCAUUUAAUGGGAAGAAGUUUCAGUCUGUCAUAUUUCAUCCUCGAUACCAUAUGACCUUAGUUGUUGGUGGCCAUCAGUGUUUGUUAUUGUUGAACUUUGAGGAUAUGAUGCAAUAUAGUACAAGUGCGGCGACUAAGCUAUCAAUUACUGGACUAGCAGCUACCAAGGCGCAAAGUCAAUUCAUUGUAUCAGCUAGCGAUGAUUCUUUGGUGAAGAUUUGGAAAUGA